CAUCGGGACGGUGGAUGCUAUGCCACAGCGCCGUUGGCCGCUGAAUCUGCGGUGCCACGUGCUCGGCAGAGCUUUUACACCGCACUUUUUGGUCCACUUGUGUGCUCUUCAUUUUCAAAUCGAACACCAACCACCACCACCACCAUGAACAUUUACCCGCAGCAGACGUACGAGGUCGACGCCGGUCGCUCGAUCGGCCACGCCAACCCGGGCAUUGACCGCGCGUGCAAGGAGAUCCAGGCGGCGUGCGCCGGCUUCGGCACGAACGAGGCCAAGCUCAGCACGGUCCUCGGCAACAAGUCGCCCGUCGAGCGCUGCCUCAUCCACCUCCGCUACCCGGAGCUGUACCAAAAGUCGCUCCUCUCCGAGAUGGCGUCCGAGACGUCGGGCGACUACGGCAAGCUUCUCCAGCUCCUCUCGCAGCCGAUCGAGGAGGCCGAGGCCAUGAUCAUCCGGGAUGCGACCAAGGGCGCCGGCACGACCGAGAAGCUGUUGAUCCCGGUCCUCAGCGGCCGCUCGAACGUCGAGCUCAACAUCCUCAAGAAGGCGUUCUACAAGAUCUUCCAGAAGGACCUCGUUGUCGCCGUCAACGAUGACCUGAGCGGCGACCUCAAGACGUUCUACCUCGCGGCGCUCAACCAGAUGGCCCAGCCGUACAACCCGAGCAUCCACACGCCGGCCAAGGCGGCCGAGAUCGCCGAGGCUAUUUACAAGGCCGGCGAGGGCAAGUGGGGCACGGACGAGUCGGCGUUCUCCAACGCGAUCUGCUCGAUCCCGCCGCAGUUCCUCGCGACCGUCGACGCGGCGUAUGCGGCCAAGCACAAGCACGGCCUCGUGCACGCGAUUCAGAGCGAGUUUGGCGGCAAGGCCGAAGACGGCCUCGUGUACCACGUCAACAUCAUCCUGCGUCCGAUCGAGACGAUUGUCGAGCAGAUCGAGAGCACGAUGAGCGGCAUUGGCACGGACGAGUACGGUCUCUCGGCGGCCAUUGUGCGCUACCAGCACCUGCUGCCGCAGGUCAAGCAGGCGUACCAGGCCAAGUACCGCACCACGCUGCGCCAACGCGUCGAAGGCGAGACGAGCGGCGACUACCGUGCGCUCCUCCUCACGAUCCUCGACCACGCCAUCUAGUUUGUUUAAGUUGACGCAAUUUGCAUAAUAUAUGGAUUCUGAACGUAAACUCGCAGCAUCAAUUUGGCGCUGGUCUCCGAACGUUCACUUCAAC